UUUUCAGUUUUAUUUUGGUUUUGAGUGUGAAUGGUGGCUUUCGUGCUUGUGGGUUUAAUGCAUUCAUUCAUUUAAUUGGUUUUAGUCCUUUUUAACGAUAUUAUGUAGAUUUUAUAAAGUGAUAUUUACAUUGAGAAAAAAUGUCUACUGUUCUUCUUGCUGUCAUUGCCGUAAUUUUGUGCGUUCUUUUCCGAAUACUGAAUGUUAACAGCCAACCGCACAAGCCCGUAAUAUAUGGCAGGGAUAGAAAUUUCAUUGAAAAUAUUCUUUUCGUCGCACCGUUUCUGAGUGAACCAUAUAUACCGACACGAUUAUGGGGUUUUAGUGGACACAUCCAGACAAUCCUUCAUAGUUUGAUAGGACGGGUGCGUUGUCCUUGGCCUAUUGGUGGACGAAUUUCUCUCAUCUUGCCCGAUAAGUCAACACUGACAUAUGAUCUCUAUGAACCACUAGGAGCAGAACAUGAGGAUGAUGUCACGGUGGCCAUUUGUCCCGGAAUCGGUAAUACGUCGGAGAGUGUGUACAUACGUACUUAUGUACAUUACUCGCAGCGCCACGGCUACCGGUGCGCUGUACUGAAUCAUAUCGGCGCCCUGAACAGCGUGCCUGUGACAGGCGCUAGAAUAUUCUCGUACGGUCACACGGAUGACUUUAAUUAUAUGAUAGAUAAUUUAAUGGAGAGAUAUCCGAAUACGAAGUUGAUCCUAGUCGGUUUCAGCCUCGGCGGCAAUUUGAUUACUAAAUAUUUAGGUGAAGACAGGAAAAGGCCUGAUAAUAUUAUAGGUGGAAUAUCAAUAUGCCAGGGAUACAAUGCCAUAGACACGAUGGUGUAUCUUCUUCAGUGGCAGAACUUCCGCCGCUUCUAUUUGUACAUAAUGACAGACAAUUACCGUAACAUCAUAACCCGCCACAAGAGGACGCUGCUUAGUAACGAAAUGAAGAACAGAUACUCGCUGGACGAGAACAUGAUUGUGUCAGCUGGUACAUUACCAGAUCUUGACGAAGCUUACUCUAGGAGAGUGUAUGGAUUUAACUCCGUGGCCGAGUUGUAUAAAUGGAGCUCAUCGGCCUUCUAUCUCCAGAAUAUAAAGACGCCUAUGAUAUUUAUAAAUGCUAAAGACGACCCCAUAGUGCCAGAACCAUUGUUGCCUCUCAUAAGAGAAUUUGUCAGUUCCCACGACAAGGUGAUGUACCUGGAACUGUCUCACGGCGGUCACCUGGGUUUCUACGAGGGCGGGCUGUUGUACGCUAACCCGGUCACGUGGCUGGACCGAGCGCUGGCGGCCAUCGUCGGCGGUCUGAUGAUGGCACACCACAAAUGUGUACCACAAGAGAGCGUUGACGAACCCGACUUAAUCAAAUCAUCCACCAUCAUAUAUAGAGAUCCGCUGGACAAGGCACUCGUAGUGUAGAUUAAAUUGCUUUGUUCUGCAAUGGCUAGUGAGAUUUAAUUGAAACACGUUUGAGUAGAUCACAUAUUGAUGUUUCUAUUUAUGUGUGAAAGCUUUAUUGUAUGUUUAUGUUUAGAGAUUAUACAUUUUCUGAACUGUGACUGUUGGAAAUUGAUUCAGUUUUUUUUACACAUUGAGAUAAUUUUGAAAUAUGUAUUAUUUAGAAUGUUAGAGCAAAGAUGCUGGCUAUCGAUGCGCAUUUUAUUCGUCAAUUAAAUGUUGCCUUAGAGGUUUCGUGUAAUUACUGCAUUCAUAUUUAUUGUAACUGCUACAAAAAAAAAAAUCGCCUCUGUCAACCAAGAGAGACAACGAAUACGUUUUAAGGGGCAGCAACAAUUCUGACCAUGUGAAUCUGAAGUACUUAAAAUGUUGAAAAUUCCAUUAAUUAAGGAAUAUAAUGUUAUGCAUUUUAAUAUAAUAUUAAAAUUAAAAUAUGAGAUUAUACCAACGAUAUGAAGUGAAGGUAAAUUAAAAAACAAAAGUGUCUCUACAUUUCCAUAAAUUUAUGCAUUUAUAUUUUUUCCAGAGAGUGGUCACGAGUUGGCUAUCUAUAAUUAAAAAUAAUUUAUUCAUGGCUAUGAUGUGGCUAAGUUGUGUUUUAAGAUAAAUGUGACAUACAUGUUUGAAGUUGUUGGUUAUGUAUUGCUGUUUUUAGUAUAUAUACACUAUUACCAAAUAGCACUAAUACUGUAUUAGUGCUAAUUUAUAACUGCAUAAAUAUACAGCACAAAAUUAAUCACUGUCUUAUUACGGCCAUCUUGUUGUUGAGCGUUAAACAAUCCCAGUCAUCGUAGAGAAGAUUGUUUAAUAUUUUUUGAGGUUUUUUAUGUAAAAGAUAAAAGUGAAUGUUCUCAUUGGUAUUCAUAUUUAGAAAUGUUCCUUUUUCAAUUAUAAACAGAAUAAAUAUGGAAUAUAGCUUGAAUAUGAUGCAUAGAGUCCAUCUAUAUUCAUAGGAAAUUUAUUAUAAUGGACAAGUUUUUAAAAUACAGACAUCAGAAAUGACCAGCUUGUACACAUUUAGAUUUUUGUUUUUCAGAUACAGUGGUGCUUAAAAUUGUUUUAUACCAAAACUGUAAUACUAAACCUGGGUUUUGAAUUAUCUUGACUGCAAGAAGAAAUAUACAAUUAUUAUAGUACAAAUAAUUUAAAGCAUACUUGCUAUAUCAAAUUUUAAAAAUAUGUAAAGAACAGACUAUAUGGAAAUUGCAAAAUUUGUGUGAAUGGUAUACUGCCUUAAGUCUGAUUCAACAGGCAAUAUGUAGUGAAGUAAAUUUAUUGAUUCAUAUUAAAAUAUAUACAUAUAUAUAAUUGUGAUACAUGUAUCAUUCAGAAUCAGUAUUUAUUACAUAGUGCAAUGUGUGACAAAUUGAUAUUAUUCUAUAGUUGAUGUAUUAAAAUUGUUGUUAAAUAUUCAUUUGUUUCAAUUCUACUUGAGAUUGAUUGACAUUUAACAGCUUCGAGGAAGUUCUUCUGCUUUUAACAUUAAAGAUUUAGGUUAUCUAUUAUAUAUUUAAAACCAGUGUCAGUAUAUAACUUUGAAAGGAUUCUAAAAGUUUUUUUUUUUUGCUAAAAAUAAUGUGUAUCCGUAAUUUAUAUUGACAAUAAGAUUGUUCAUUCAUAACCAAAAUCCUUAUUUGGAAUCUCCUUUGUUCUAUGUACUGUGAGUGCUCCGAUCACCAGUUAAUACAUGACAUCAUCUUGACAAUGUUGUAUGGUAUAUGAUUGUUCUUUUGUUGAAUAUUAUGAUAAGUGUACAUUAUUAUCAUAACUGUGAUGACAACGACAAAGGUAGAAAUUGUAUAAAAAAAAAAUAAUGUGCUCUAAAUGAGAAUUUCUGCACAAAUAUUUAAUUGUUUAAUAUUAAAUAGCUUAGUUCAUUGUUCUACUGUGGUUACAGUAGAGGUGAUGUUUUCUUUUUCCAUAUGGAUACUUAAUAUACGUAUAUAAUAAAUGUGAUGAAAUAAUA